AUGGGAGAUAAUAACUCGGUGAAAACCCGACUCCAACUGAAACGACUCUUUAGUCUUCGUGCCUUCCAAGAUUUUGUGAAUGUUGAACCACACAAAAUUCUUAAACCAUCGCAAACCAGAUGGCUGUCGUUAUCAGCAGUUGUGUCUAGAAUACUGGAACAGUGGGACGCUUUGCGUUUGUUUUUCAUUGAUUUCACAACAAAGGCGAACAGAGAGAAAACUGAUGUAAUAAAUCGAGCAGUAUCGAUUCUAGAAAAACUAUGUGAUCCGUUUUAUCGCAUGUACUUCUAUUUUCUGGAUUGGGCGCUUGUGCUAUUUACAAGAUUCAAUUUAGAAUUUCAAAGAGAAAACGUAGUGGUGACCAAGCUUCACGACAAGAUAUGCGAACUUUAUAAAGAAAUUCUGCUACGGUAUCUUAGCUACGGGUACGUUAUGGGAAGAGAGCUUAUUCAAGUCAACCCAGAAAAUGAUCAGUUCCAAUUGACGGACGACCAAAUGUACCUUGGAGUUAAAGUAUACGAGAUGUUGAACAAACCGGAAAUAAUAGCAAAACCCGUGCAAAUAGCGUCAUUUAAGUCAAACUGCAGAUCAUUUCUAAAGGUAACGUAA